AUGGACGUACCGUGGGAAGUACAAGUGCAGGCGAGUCCUGGAGUGGCUGGCGGCGCUGCACUUUUGACUUGCAUUACACCGCGACCUGUCAGGAACUACGUCAGCGUCACUCGAUGGUACAAGGACGGUUCUGUUCUAGCGUCUAUGGCUUCUGAUUCAGGUCACCACAUCAUUGGUGGCAGUCGUGGUGACAUGUUGCUCAUACGUAAUGCAAGACCUGAAGAUAGCAGUUCUUACUCUUGUGAGGCGCAGCAUCAGCUCACGGGAGAGAAGAGGCGAAGUCCACCAGCUAUGACUGCUGUUUCACAUGGAUCUGGUAGUAUGGCUCCACGAAUACUAACAAUAUCAGAAGACGAGACGGUGCCGCAGGGCGGCGAUAUCAGAUUAGUGUGUUGCGCUAUUGGCAGUCCAACACCCACCUAUAGUUGGUUCCGUCACAGCAACGGCAGAUUGAGUCCAGUAUCCAACAACAUAAGAAUAUCUGUGUCAGAACAAGUCCUGAUCAUCAGACGCGCACAGGUGUCUGAUGGUGGAGUAUGGUCUUGUCGUGCGCAUAACCAAUAUGGGGAACAGCGACGAGAUACAACUCUGCGGAUACGAGCACGUCUUGUGGUUACUGUACAUCCACAGUUACAGAUAGCAAAUUCGGGCAGUUCAGUGACAUUCAACUGCUCGGUAGAAGGAGGGGACAGUCGAGUGCGAUGGCUUCACGAUGGUGUUCCAGUGGGGGGAGGAGAAAGGGUUUUACGUGUGCAUGGCGUUGUACGUGCCCAUCGUGGGAUGUACCAAUGCUUUGCGGAGAGAGAAAUGGAUAGUGCGCAAGCGGCGGCUGAGUUACGGCUUGGAGACACGGCUCCAGAACUGCACUACACAUUCAUAGAACAGGCGUUACACCCUGGGCCUGUAGUUGCUUUACAUUGUUCUGCUUCUGGAUCGCCUUCACCUCGCUUCUCCUGGUUGUUGGAUAUGCAGCCUAUUGAAGAACAUAAUACGCCACAAAGGAGUAUUACCCAAUUCCUGAGUCCUAAUGGAGACGUGGUGAGCUACCUUAACCUGACGUCAGUACGGCCUGAAGAUGGCGGACGGUACACAUGUCGGGCUCACAACUCGCGCGGCGCUGUCGAACACUCCACUCGGCUCAAUGUCUACGGUCCGCCAUCAAUCCGCAACAUAAGCCCAGUGCGCGUAGUGGCCGGAGUUAACACGACCAUCUAUUGUCCCUAUUCAGGAUUUCCAAUCAGUGAGAUCCGAUGGCAGCGCGGUGGGACAGAUAUAUCGGCUAGUGGUGGGCGCGCAUUGUCUGGCGUAGGAGGGGAACUACUUCUAUGGCCUGCUGAACCUUCUGAUGCAGGACUUUAUUCGUGCAGAGUCUCAUCACCCGAAGGACACUAUGCCCAGAAGGACGUUCAGAUAUUUGUUAGAAAUCCACCAAAAAUAGCUGGUUUUACGUUUCCUUCGGACCUAGUAGAAGGCAGUUCUAUACAAGUAUUAUGCGGCAUCACUUCUGGAGACAAACCGGUCUAUUUCUCCUGGCUCAAAGAUGGACAGACUCUUCCAUCAAACCUUCAGGUUCAAGAGAAAUCUCUUGAUGAAUUCAGUUUUCUGAUUUUCUCCCACGUGACAUCACAGCAUAGCGGCGAAUAUACUUGCGUCGCAAGCAACUCUGCGUCUGAGGUUAAUCAUACCGCGAGAUUAGCUGUUAAAGUUGCACCGUCGUGGGUGUUUGAGCCGCAAGACGUGUCUGCGCUGCUUGGUACUCCCAUACUAGUGCAUUGUUCUACAAAGGGAUAUCCGGAGCCGAAAAUAUCGUGGCAUAAAGGGCAUGGUUCGAAUCCUACUGAUUUCCGUCCCCUAACGGGUCUUGAAGCGGCAAUAUCAUUGCUUGGUAAUGGAUCAUUAAGCGCGCUCUCCGCGUCGCAUACACACGAAGGUCGCUACAUGUGCCGCUCUGACAAUGGUGUUGGUAGAGGACUGUCUAAGAUCAUCACUAUCUCUGUCAAUGAGCCAGCACAAUUUGAGUACUCAUCCCGCAAUAUGUCAGUUCGACGAACGGCGUCUGUAACUCUAUCUUGCGCUGCUCGAGGCGACUCGCCCAUCCAGCUUCACUGGACUCACAAUAUGAGACCUUUGGACCUUAAUACUUACAGGGUCUCAGUAUCAGAGAAACGAUCAGAAAGCGGAGCGAGUUCUGAGCUGACGAUAGCGCACGCACAGCGACGGGACUCGGGCGUUUAUAGAUGUCGCGCGGAAAACGCGUACGGCAGAGAUGAGCUUCUCAUAUAUCUGGCAGUGCAAGAGUUUCCGGAAGCCCCACGUGGCUUAUCAGUGAAACAGCGCGAGGGUCGCGCAGCAACUGUGCAGUGGCGGCGCGGUUUUGACGGCAACGCGCGUCUCCGUGCAUUUCGUUUACAGUAUCGAGUAGUUGGUCACACGCAGCUUCCACCUGAUUGGAGCCUUGCUCCUACACGAGAAUUGCCCGCUGAUAUCCUAGUUCAGAAGCAGGAAUCGUCAGAUCCUGAGUCAGGAGUUCUCCUGGAAUAUCGUGUUGAAGGACUAAGGCCUGCCACUGCUUAUGCUUUAAGACUAGCAGCUGUUAACGAUAUUGGCGACAGCGACUAUUCAGAUUCAGUCAUUGUGAAUACUUUAGAAGAAGCUCCAUCAGAACCUCCCAGAGGUGUAGAGCUUCUACCGGAUGCUCCCGGCGAGUUACUUAUUAAGUGGCAGGCUCCGAGCCAAGAGGCAUGGAAUGGCGAGCUCUUAGGGUAUGCAAUAUGGUGUCGGGGUGAAAACGCAUCUCUAUCUCUUUCUGUCGCUGGAUGGGCAGCUGCGAGUGUAAGACUCGGGGCACUAAGACCGCACGCGAGAUAUGACGUCACAGUUAGAGCUUAUAACUCUGUUGGUGCUGGACCUGCGUCUACGCCUCUAGCCACUACAACCUUAGAGGAUGUACCUGAUGCACCCCCUCAACAUGUACGCUGUGAGCCACUUUCAUCUCAAUCACUCCGUGUCUGGUGGGAACCACCCCCACUGGACAAACGGGGAGGAAUGCUCAUAGGAUAUGAGAUAUCUUAUAGGUCGGUAGAACGGGAAUCAGGCGUGUGGGAACGCCGGCGUGCUGGAAGUGGUGAGGCGCAGUUGUCCGUACUGCGAGCGGGAAACUACUCGGUGCGAAUUGCUGCUCGGUCCACUGCUGGCUUAGGAGUCCCAGCACAUAUAUACUGCGCUACUCUCGAUGAUAUUCCAGGCCCUCCUGCAGAUGUAAAGGUGUUUCCUCAUACAGAAGACUCGGUUAUAUUGAGCUGGCUACCGCCAAUGCAGAAGAACGGACAAAUACUUCACUAUCGCGUUUAUACUCGUCCGCAAAGGAUAGGUCGUCAGAGUGAAGUGGUGACGAUAUCCAGCGGUCAGCAGGAUCAAGAGCAACAAUUGGUGGUUUCGGGGCUGCAACAGCAACUGUAUGAAUUGUGGGUGUCAGCCGCGACAGCCGCGGGGGAGGGUGAUAUGAGCACCAUUGUUGCUGCUAAGCCUAGCGCUAAAGUUAAGUUUUUAAAUGAUAAUUAUUUGAAACAAUUUUACAUGAUAUCCAUUGAAAGGAAAACAUAUUCUAAAUUACAUUUACCUGGCAUACGCGGGGCUAAAGUGAGUUCAUUCCCUCGUCGUUUGACAGUUCCUGUAGGCAGUUCAAUUGCGAUUUCAUGUUUUGCUGCUGGAGCUCUUCCUGUGUCACGACUUUGGACUCGCAGACGACCACCACCUCCUCAUGCUGAUCAUCGAAUAAGAAUGGAGGGGCAUAUGCUUGUUAUCAACAAAGUCGAGCCAAGUCUAGCAGACAACUACACCUGCACAGCUCGCAAUCGUUGGGGUGAAGAUCACGGUACUUGGGAGUUGAUGGCAUUACCUCCACCAUCACCACCACGUCUUACCCUCACAAGCGCAUCACCAACCGCUCUAAUUCUGGCAUGGGACUCUUCUGGAGCUCAUAGUUACAGCUUAGAAUAUGCACGAGGUGAAGCCCCAUGGCAGUACCGUUGGGUUUGGGGCGCAGCACGGAGUACGGCACUACGUGGACUGGCGUGUGGUGCCUCCUACCGAGUGAGACUGCGAGCUAUGGGAGAUGCUGGAGCGGCACUAAGUGACGUUCUACGUACUGCAACACCUGGUGGAUUAUCAAAAGCAGCACUUGAGAAGCAGCUGAUCAACACAAACAGUACCUGUGUUAAGUUAAAUCUGCUAACCUGGGACUGUAACGGCUGUCCACUGAUCCAUUUCAUCAUAUCCAUCCGAGGGUUUGAGGAGUUUUCCUGGAAGUCAGAGAGCGUAGAAUUGGAAGCUAAUCCAGUGACUUUCUGUACUCUUCGACCAGCUACCUGGUACCAUUUAAGGAUCGUUGCAACUACCACAGCUGGAGUAACUACAGCAACAUAUUACUUCGCUACACUUACUGAGGGAGGAGAACGCAUCCCAGCACCAGCGCAAUUUCCAUCUGGUGGGGAAGACAUUGUGAGCAAUGGCGGUGGAGUGGCUUUGUUGGCGGCUGCAGCUGCCUUUGUUACAGCUCUCAUGCUACUCGCCGUCGUCGCGUAUAAGAGAAGUAGCCGAGUAAAAUGCUUCACCAAGGGCUACGAGCCGAGCAGUGUAUCUGAAGAUGAGAAGUCAGUAGAGAAAAGAGACAACCGGCGAAACUGUCAACAAGUCUACACGUCAUCACCUAUAAAAACUAGCAAGAAGGAUCAGCAAGAAAUGUAUGAAAUAAGUCCCUAUGCAACAUUUAGUAUGUCAAGCGGCGCCGUUUGCAGUGAAAGCGUAGAUACAGCAGGGUCAGUGAAGUCAGUGGGUCCAGUUGGAACAGUGGGGUCAGUGGGGACUGGUGCUAGUGGGACGCUUAGAACGUUUGGCCGAGCUGAGCCCGCGCCCUUAAGUGCUGCACCUCCUCAUCGCUCGCAUAUGCAUAGAGAUCCUGUAGAUUCUGACGAGUAUACGCUAUCACGAGCAAUGACGCUGAUGGUGCGUCGAGGUGAAUCUGACUCAGAUUCAUCCGGGUCACCCGAACCAUGCGCCGAGUGCACGUCUAGCGCUGCCUACCGGAUACAUUGUGCGGUCCCUAACAAAGAGGAAGUAUUUCGUGGUGUGACGGACUCCAGCGCUGAAUCAUGCACUUCAGGCUCAAGGGACAAGGCUCGAAGGAGACCACGCCGACACACACCCACUUCUGCCAGAUACCCUCAACGACAAGAGCAAGAAAGAAGGGAUUUUACAAUACACGUUUAA